CCCACAACAUCGCGGGUGAAGCAAAGCGUGCAACCGGAGCGGCCACAUUUCGCAGAAGGGCGAGAGAAGCUCCGAGAGGCAAAUUCCCUCCCAAAAAAUUUCACCCUAUUCAGUGUGACCGAGUCAGCGAUCGGCGUCGCUGUGCGGGGAAGGGCCGAAGCUCGAGCUAGAGCCUCCGGAGCCAUGCCUUCGUUUCCCAGUCCCGGCACCGUCACCGUCUGCGAAAUCAAUCGGGACUUGAUUACUGCUGAUAGCCUCUCCGAUGACCGCGCCAAGGAGACCUAUGGAAAGAUACUAGGAAUGGUGUUCAGCCCUCUUCCAUUUCAAUCCGAGCAGCUGGCGGCUCCGAGCUUUUCUGAGCAAGAGGAUGAGCAGCAGCAGGAGGAGAGCAGAGUAAAUGUGGAGAGCCUUCCUAUGAAAGGAGUGGUCGCAACAUUGCAGGGGUUCGCGAGAAAUUAUCUCAAGCGCCUUUUGAAUCCAGCAGACGUGAAAUUGCUGUCAGAAGUUGAUCUUCAUGGAGUAAGCUGGCACCAACAGAAGCAUAUUAUAGCAUUUAUAUCUGGACCAAACCAAGUUUUAGUUCGUGAUUUCGAGGAUUCAGAGUGCAAGGAUCCAUCCCUUUUGAUCCAUGAGUCACAGAGAGAUGUUAAGGCACUCGAGUGGAGGCCAAAUGGUGGGAGAAUGCUUUCUGUAGCUUGCAAGGGUGGGAUAUGCAUUUGGGCUGCUUCUUACCCUGGCAAUGCUGCAUCUGUUAGAUCUGGUGCCCCGUCCUUUUUAGGUACUAUGACCAGAGGCACUGGGCUCAGAUGGACCUUGGUGGAUUUUUUUCGAAGUCAAAAUGAUGAGCAAAUCAGUGCUCUCUCAUGGAGCCCCGAUGGAAGAUACUUGGCAUCGGCUUCAUAUGAAAGCUCAUCAUUCACCAUAUGGGAUGUUGCCCAAGGUGCGGGGACUCCAAUUCGACGAGGCUUAGGUGGCAUAUCAAUGCUCAAAUGGUCACCUACUGGAGAUUAUUUUUUCGUUGCAAAAUUUGACGGAACAUUUUAUCUUUGGGAGACAAACACAUGGACUUCUGAACCAUGGUCUUCAACCAGCAGGUUUGUCACAGGAGCUGUAUGGGAUCCCGAUGGGCGUAUGAUAUUAAUUUCUUUCUCCAAGUCUGCAACAUUGGCUUCUGUUCACUUUUCAUCAAAACCUCCCUCAAUGGAUGCACUUUUGUUACCAGUUGAUUUACCAGAGAUCUCCUCGUUAGCUGGCUGUCAAUGCAUUGAGAAGAUUGCUUGGAGUGCCUCAGGAGAGCGAUUGGCUGUAUCAUUUAAAGGUGGGGAUGAAGUUUACCAGGGCCUUAUUGCCAUAUACGACGUCCGAAGAACUCCAGUAAUUUCUGCAUCACUAGUUGGUUUUAUUCGGGGACCUGGGGAUUCUCCUAAGCCAAUAGCAUUUUCGUUUCAUGACAAGUUGGAACAGGGACCACUGCUCUCUGUGUGCUGGAGCAGUGGCUUUUGCUGCACUUAUCCUCUGUUGUUCCAUUCUCAUGUUCUUCCAUAGUCAAGGUAUUCCCCAUCAUGACAAACGCUUCUAGCCGAGAAGGCACCAUUCUAACACCUGUGCUCUCUUGUUGCUGAACAAUACGUGUGUGAAAUUCGACAGUGUUCCAUUGGGUUAUCAUGUAGCAAAUUACCUGGGUGCCCUGGUGAAGGCUGUGGUUUCAUUUUUCAUGGAUUUGCUUUCAUAUAAGCUACACAGUCUAUGCCUCAUCAAGUUCUUGAAGAAGGGAGUCCGAUUUGAAACAUAUAAAGACUUGUUGGUCUUCAUGGAAAAUUCCAAACUACGGAAGUAGUUUUCCAUUGGUUGAAUUUCUUUCUUGACAUAUGCCUCAGAAUUCUUGGCAUACGCCUCAGGAAAACCCUGCAUGUGAAACAACUAUUUUCUUUACUGGUUAACCUGAAGAGUUUCCCAGGAUUGAUCAUGGACAACGGAGUCGAAUUUUCGAGCUACUUCUGAGAUUGUGAACUUUCAAGCUGAUCAAAAUCGUGUGUUGGAGCAAGGUCACACCAAUGUGUUUCCUUUUCAGCUCUUGAUGUAUACUAUGAUAAUCUUGCUCCUGGCACAAUUUGGAGUCGGCUUAUUCAUGCUCUUGUUAUAUUAAUAGGAGGUUUUUUGCUCGGCCAUAUUUGAUGGAUAUUUUAGUUUUGACGACUGUAGAGGAUUAUAUAAUUGAUCUCUACUGUACGGCACAAAAUUUGCUUUCUUCUA